AUGGGCUUCUUCAGCGGCAUUUUCUUUGGUAUCUUAUUUGGCGUCGGAAUUAUCGUCGCUUUUGCACGUUAUGAAGCUAGCCGAUCAAAGCGUCGCUCUGAGUUGGCGAAGACGGUCGCUGCUUUUGCAAGAAUGACAGUGGAGGAUUCCAGAAAAAUUCUGCCUCCUCAGUUCUAUCCACCAUGGGUGGUUUUCACACAGCGGCAGAAGUUACAUUCAUCUUAUUAUUGGCUUAACACCCAACUUGCGAAGAUGUGGCCCUUUGUUGAUGAGGCAGCAUCGGAGUUGAUAAGAUCCAACGUGGAACCCAUUCUUGAACAACAUACGCCAGCUAUCUUAGAUUCACUCACGUUCUCUAAAUUGACCCUUGGAACUGUUGCUCCGCAAUUUACAGGAAUUGCUAUUCUUGAAGAAGAAAGCGGGCGUGAUAAAGUGACCAUGGAGUUAGAGAUGAAAUGGGAUGGCAAUCCAAAUAUCGUACUUGACAUUAACACUCAUAUAGGGGUUGCACUACCAGUGCAGGUAAAAGAUCUUGCAUUCACUGGAGUUUUCAGGUUGAUCUUCAGCCCGCUAGUAGACGAGUUUCCUGCAUUUGGAGCUGUUUGUUAUUCCUUGUUUCAAAAGAAAGAUCUGGAUUUCACUCUCAAGGUUAUUGGUGGUGAUAUUUCAAGUAUCCCAGGGGUAGCUGAUGCUAUAGAGGAGACAAUUAAGGAUGCUAUCGAAGAUUCUAUAACUUGGCCAGUGCGCAAUAUUGUACCAAUUAUACCAGGAGAUUAUAGUCACCUGGAGCUGAAAGCGCAAGGAACACUAGAAGUAAGACUGGUGCAAGCGAAGGGGCUAACAAAUAAAGAACUGAUAGGCAAAUCCGAUCCUUUUGCAAAAUUAUUUAUACGUCCACUUCGUGACAGAACCAAACAAAGUAAAACAAUCAAUAAUGACUUGAAUCCAGUUUGGAACGAGCACUUCGAGUUUAUUGUUGAAGAUCCUAAUUCACAGAGCUUCACGGUACGAAUUUUUGAUGAUGAUGGCCUUCAAAAUGCGGAGUUCUUAGGCGCAGCCCAAGUGCAGUUACGGGAACUUGAACCUGGUAAAGUCAAGGAAAUAUGGUUAAAGCUGGUCAAGGAAUUGGGGGUCCAAAGAGAUAACAAAUACAGGGGUGAGGUGCAUUUGGAGCUCUUGUACAUCCCAAUUGGCCUGGACAACUACUUUAGCAACACUUUAAACCCAGAUUACUCGUUAACCACUUAUGAGAAGACCCUUAAGGAUAAGGUUGAUGACGAUGCUGCACCGAAGAAAAAUGUCAUUGUUAGAGGGGUGCUUUCUGUGACAGUUAUAUCAGCUGAAGACUUACCCGUAGUGGACCUCAUGGGGAAGGCUGACCCUUUCGUAGUCCUUUCGUUGAAAAAAUCAGACAGAAAACACAAAACCAGGGUUGUAAACGAAUGUCUAAACCCAGUGUGGAAUCAAACGUUUGACUUUGUUGUGGAGGAUGCGUUACAUGACUUGCUAAUUGUUGAAGUCUGGGAUCAUGAUACUUUUGGGAAGGAGAAAAUUGGGAGAGUGAUCUUGACAUUCACUAGGAUCAUCUUGAAAGGCGAACUUCAGGACACUUUUGCCUUAAAUGGUUCUUCAUCUGGAAAGAUCUCGCUGCAUUUCAAGUGGAAACCACAGCAUAAGAAGCGGGAUCAAUCAUAG